CUGAUAUGAUAUGUGACAGGUCCCAUUUCAGCGAUGGCUCUGCUGCUCCGUGUGAUCAGUGUGCUGUCAGUGAGUUUGAGCUCUCAGGCUGGUUUAACUGUAGAAGCAGAAUCUGGUGAUGAUGUCACUCUCUGGUGUAAACACAGUCUGACUAAAUCAGAUUAUUUAUUCUGGUGUAAACACACAAAUAAUUCAGUGCCAGUUUAUAUUGCAUGCAAAUAUUACGCACAGUCAUCCUCCUCCUCUAAAUCCUGUUUCUUCAUGACUGAGAGUAACAGGUCAGUGAUGAGAGUGAACUCUACGUUCUCCUCUCUCACUAUAACUGCAGUUACUCCCUCUGACUCAGGACUCUAUUACUGCAGCAGCCUGGAGGAAAAAUACAUGAUCUUCAGCACCACAACACAUCUACUGGUGAGAGAGAGGAAUCAAACAUCUUCCAAGACUGAAGACAAAUCUAAAGGUGGCUACAGUUCUGAUGUGUUCUUCAGGCUGUUUCUGGUUUUUGGAGCUGUGAUUGUGGUUCUGCUCAGUGCUCUUCUGUUCCUGCUGUGCAUCAUACUGAAGUACAGAGAACAUCGCAAGGAAGAUUCAGACCCUAAACUGAAACAAGAGAAAGAGGAGCAGGAUGGUGAAACGGUGAACUACGCUGCUCUACACUUCAAUAAGAAAAGCACCAGAUCACCCAGACGAGUAGAAACAGAAGAAACACAUGUAGUAUAUUCCUCUGUAGGACAGUGAUUUGAGCAUGAGUUGAUUAGGAUGUGGAAUCAGUCGGCUGAUGUUCUGAUUUAUGCUCAUUAUCUAUAUUAUAUAUAUAGUAUAAUAUAAUACAGCUGAAAUGGCUGAUCGCCAGGGUUGGGGAGCAAAAGAAUACAUCAUAUCAAUAAAUAUAAUACACAAAAAAGUAUAAUUGGAAUCUAUAACACUGAAAAAAGAGUAAUCUGAUAACAGUUACACCAUAAAAACAGGGUGAGGUCAACAUUUUGUUCCACAUCACCUGAUUCAUCAGCAGCAGACAGUAAACACUUUAUUUUACAGUCUGACUGGCUAUAAAUCAAACUUUUUACAACCUUAACUGGACAGAUUUUAGCUGACAGUCCGUAACGUCCAGAGAGAGUGAAGCGAACGGCAAAGUUGGUUUCGUUUUCACUUUUCGGUUUCUUUCUUCUGUGAUUUCCAAACCACGGAAGUCAGAUUUCUUGUCGAUAUUUGUCUUUUCAGCACUAAAAACUUUAGAUUUCUUGGCACAUUCCUUUGUGAGCUACUGAUUAAUCAAAUUUCCUUUUCUCCAAGUUAAAGUGGUGUGCAAUUCUCCACAAAGCUCACAGUGAAUGACACAGGUAUGCAGAUGUGUAUAGAUACAGUUGUCAUACUUGGCUCCUCCCACUCCGCUGGUAGUCCAUGUGCUUUUUUGUUUUGUUUGCUCAAUCCUGCCCCCUUGUUUCAUGACUCCGCCCCUGAUUGUGUCCACCUGUUUCCCACCUGUCC